CAAAGUGUGUAUCAGAUUGCCUUGAAACACAUCUAACAUGUUUUGUGUUUGAUUUAUAAUAGCAGUUUUGUUAUUUUAUGCUUCCAGUAGAUGCAGUACUCUUAGGUGAGGGAUGAUGAUCUAUCAACCCUUCAGCUGCCAGAGUAUGUUGAGAGCUGUUGUUCAGCUGCCAGAGGUCCAUAGGUUUACCAUCUUUAUUGUCAAAGAUAUCUGCUCAUUCUUGCAGAAGAGAACCAAUGAAAAAGAAACUGAACCAUUCAGUCUGGUGCUUUUUCAUUUCCCCUCCUCCAUUGUUCCUCGGACAGGUAACGCCUUGUGAACAGUGAAGGCAUGAAUGAGACGGAAUUAGAGCAGGAGUGAAUGUGAUUUCUGUAGCUCUGCAAUGUUUUUCACUUGGACUCCUCCCUACCAUUCUGAAGGCUUCAGUGACGCUGUAGUUUCCUAUACUGCAGCAGGAUCACGGACAGCAUAUCUCCGUUUCUGCACCAGCAUUAUUUCCCUGAGAUUCCAAUGCCUGUAAAAGGCUCUAUGCCUCUUCUGAAGCAUCUGCAGAAUGUUACCGUUCUGCUCAUUCAGACAUUUGCUUUGACUACCACACAUCAAAAAUCAGGCUGGUUCAGGGACCAUCAUCAUGGCUUCUGGAGUGGCAGAAUACAACAGGACAGAGACUGAUCGACUGAAUGAGGUUAAAGGGCAUCUAGAAAUCGCCUUACUGGAAAAACACUUUCUUCAGGAAGAGCUAAGGAAGCUGAGGGAAGAGACAAAUAUAGAAACAAUAAAGCAAGAAUUGGAAAAGGAGAGACAAAGAAGAACAGAACUGGAGCAAAAAAUUACUGAAAUCGCCAAGACGAGGACAGAUGAAUCUGCCACACAGCAACUUUCAAAAGGACCGUCUCAGACCAAUGGAGCAGACAAGCAAAGAAGUAAAACCAUGUGCUAUAGAGUCCAAAAGUGGUUUUAUGACAAAUUUGGGGAGUACAUCGAGGAUUUUCGUUUUCAGCCAGAAGAGUGCACUGUGGAAACUGAGGAACCUCUGAGUGCUAGAAGAUUGACGGAAAAUAUGAGAAGGCUAAAGAGAGGUGCCAAACCUGUUACAAAUUUUGUAAAGAACCUUUCUGCCUUAUCAGACUGGCAUUCUGUCUACACCUCUGCUAUUGCCUUUAUUAUUUACAUGAAUGCUGUUUGGCAUGGCUGGGCCAUACCUAUGUUUUUAUUUUUAGCUAUUUUGAGGUUAUCUCUAAAUUACCUCAUAGCCAGGGGGUGGAGAAUACAGUGGAGCAUUGUGCCUCAAGUUUCAGAAACCAUAGAACUUCCAAAAGAAGAUCUGACAGUAUCUGAGAAGUUUCAGCUAGUCCUCGAUGUGGCACAGAAAGCACAGAACCUUUUUGGGAAGAUGGCUGACAUACUGGAAAAAAUCAAGAACCUCUUUAUGUGGGUUCAACCAGAAAUAACCCAGAAACUGUAUAUCUGUCUUUGGGCAGCGUUCGUUGCAUCCUGCUUUUUUUCCUACAAGACAAUUGGCCUUUGUAUGGGACUGUAUGCUGGAAUCAAGUUUUUUCUCAUUGACUUCAUCUUUAAACGCUGUCCGAGGUUUCGAGCAAAGUAUGACACCCCUUAUAUUAUAUGGACAUGUCUGCCAACAGACCCCCAACUUAAAGAGAGGACAAAUGCAACUUCAUCAAGAAGAAUCCAGACUGUUUACUCUAGAGGUAAUCUGGCCUCCAGUGCCCCACAGGGACUCGGUAGAGAUGAAGAAACAGGCCGCUUUCACGGUACCAAAAAGAGUAGUUUUCAUGAGGUCUUCAGUUUGGCUGAUACAGAGCGCCCUCUAUCAGUCUGUGAAACUGGCUGGCGUUGCUGCUUGAUUAACAGAGAUCGCAAAAUGCCCACUGACUACAUCCGCAAUGGCAUCCUUUAUGUUACAGAAAACUAUUUAUGCUUUGAAAGUUCGAGGUCGGGUUCUUCUAAAAGAAAUAAAGUCAUAAAGCUUACAGACAUAACAGACAUUCAGAAGUAUAAAGUGUUAUCGGUACUGCCUGGGUCUGGGAUGGGUAUAGCUGUAUCAACACCAUCUACACAGAAGCCACUAGUUUUUGGUGCCAUGGUUCAUAGAGAUGAAGCAUUUGAAACCAUCUUCAGCCAGUAUGUCAAAAUCACAUCUGCAGUAACAAACAAUGACACCUAGGACUCGCCUGCCACCAUAACAUUAUAGCGGUCAUCUUUGCCUUCUACUUCUUUAUUCUAUUUUGCAAUAAUUUUACUGAAUAGAGCGUUACAUUUUUUUCUCUUACAGUAAAUGAGUAUUGAUUUUUUCCUAUGUGCGUCUUUCUUUGUAUGUACACUUUUUUUUUCACAGUGUUUUCCCAUUAUUUUUAACAGAAUGCAAAUGGAAUUUACAGAUCUAAGAACCAAGGAUCUUUUAUUUACUUCCAUGCUCUUAAUCCUAAAAGACCUUCAUAUCCAUCCACCCAAAAUGAUAAAGCCCUAAUAUUUGAUAUUGUACACUCCAUGUAUAUAGUCUAUUACAGCAGUGAUUUUGGAAUGAAGGCUGAAAUCACAACAACCUUUUGUUGUUUUUAUGGGUUUCUAUGAAGUUACUAAGAAGAAUAUGCUGCUUGUGGGAUUUUGAGACCUUUGCUUGAUUUUUUCAUUUUAAAUCAAGUUACCGCACUUCUGCUCUGAAAGUUUGUUUUGAAAUCUUUGAUUUAGGCAACAUGCUCACAUAUUUAUUAGGAUAAUCCAAAUCUUCACUGCUAAUCUAUUGAAAUCUAUGUUUUCCUGGUUGUUGUUCUGGGGAUCAGAGCAAAAUUAUAGCGUGAUUACUUCCAUUCUGCUGCUGUUCAUUGAACAUCUGUAUGUGUGAUGUUUUCCAUGGCAAGGGUUCUUUAGUACUGAAGCAGUUAAGGCAAUAUCUUCUGUUACAAUAUCAUGCCUUGGCUACUUCAUUUUAAGCCAAAAGAGCCUGGUCUGCACUUCAGCUAAACCCUAACUGAGAAACAAAUCCAAAAUAGUUUUGUAAGAGAACAGGAACUACAGCUUUCUUGCAGUGUGCAAUCUGAUUUGUUGUUAGGAAAGCUUUGCAGUGUGAAGUGUAUAAGGUAUGGUUUUAGUUACAGCCAGCAUUGUGAUGUAGAAAAAUGAUGGGCCUAUUUUGGCAAGAAUUUAGUUCAGAUUUAUCCAUCAAAAUAUAGAUGUUUAAUUCAAUGUGGAUGAAUGUUAUAUAUACUUGUAUACAUUAUAUCUAACCACUUCACAUCAAACUUAACCCCAACUACAUUUAAUACAAACUUCCCUGUGCUCUCAUCCAGGAGAUGGUUUCCAAAAAUCAUCCUAAAGCUUACUCUUUAAGCUAUGGUUUCCUUGCACGGACAGUAAAUACUAAUUAAUCUUUUCCUAAAGGUUGAUGAAUGCCCCAGAGGGCUUGAAUCCUUGGGAAAGAUAAUUUGUAUACUUGCAAUUUGUAUAUUUGUUAAAUCAUGUCUGAAAAUAAUUGGUAAUUGUCAUUGACAAUUGUCAUUAUAGCCUGCUUUUAAAUAUGAGAUUUUUCUUUCUCAUUUUAUUUCAUUUCAUUAACUAAAUGCAUGGGUGUUUUACAUUAGUCAGGUUAGCUGCUGAUGGACUAAAAUGUCUGUUACCCUCUACCAUGUUCAACAGGAGUUGAAAUGUAGAUCAGUAGCAAUCGAAAGAACAUUGGUUGGAGAUGUCUAGUUUUUUUAUUUUAAUCCCAUUUUAGGGGAAUGGUAAAAAGAAAAAGUUGUUGGAUCUUAGGCAGGUGGCACAUAUUUCUCAUUUAAGUGUAUGGGAGGUGGCAGUGGU